GUGGCAGCCUGGUCAAUUCACAAAUACUUGCAAUCGCUGCAUGGUAAUGAUGUCGGAGACAAGCCGAAGUUACCAAUGUUCUACACACCCAUCGAUGAGGUUGACAUAUCAGUGGAGAUGUGUGGCGUAAAGUUCGAAAAUCCAUUUGGACUGGCUUCAGCUCCGCCAACGACUUCGGGGGCGAUGUGCCGAAGAGCGUUUGAGCAAGGCUGGGGUUUUGUGCUGACAAAAACAUAUGGUCUUGAUAAGGAUCUAGUUACAAACGUAUCUCCUCGAAUUGUUCGGGGAUCGACGUCAGGACCAAUCUAUGGCCCGAACCAGGGUUCUUUCCUUAAUAUUGAGCUUAUAUCCGAAAAAUCAGCUGCAUAUUGGCUGCAGUGCAUCAAGGAACUCAAGCAAGACUUCCCAACGAAAAUCGUUAUCGCAUCCAUCAUGUGUACUUUCAAUAAGGAAGAUUGGGAAACUCUUGCUAAACAGAGCGAGGAAGCAGGCGCUGAUAUUCUCGAGCUGAACUUGUCAUGCCCCCAUGGAAUGGGAGAAAAAGGUCUGGUUUAG